AUGGAGUCAGGCUUAGACGAGGACGGGCUUCACUCGCCCCCACUCGGCGGCUACACCGCCACCGGCGCGCCGCCUAACACACCGCACGGGGCGCAAGGAAGCUCGACCACACCGUCUGGCCUGCCGCAUGAUAGCGGCUUAGGCCCACAGUAUGGCAUGCUCGGAGCAACUAUGCCAAAUGCAUACGCGGCGUACCAGCCUGGGUCGGCCCCACCCGGUUACCCAAUGCCGCAUAAUGCCUCCGGCGCCGGGACACAGUCGGCACAGUGGGCGAUGGUGGCAACAGCGCCGUUACAACAGCUGCUCAGGCUCUACGCCAAGGAUCUCAGCUCUGGCGACAUCAGCGCGCCCACCCGGUCGCCCGAGGGCGUUCCCGCAAGCAGAGAAGACAAGAAAGAAAGAUAA